CUGCGUGUCAGUGCCUGGCAAAUGCUAAAACAGUACCAAUUUUAAAUUGGAGUAGUGAUACAUCUAAUAAACAAACUAAUAUGGAGUUACUACGACAGUGCCCAAGUUUUACACAUAUAUUAAAAUGGGGGGAGUGAUAUGGGAUUAUAUCACAUGUCUCACAAGAAUCGUAGCUAAGACAUUCGGAAAAAGAUUGCAUUUGUUAUGCUGGGGAUCAAAUUAUCACAGUCUAAACCUGGUUGCGAAUGUAUUAGUUGACAGUUUCCUUCUCUGUAAAGGUACUGCCUCUAAAUGGACCUAUAACGUAUUUUUAAAUUGUAUAAAGUUUCGUUUCUCAUGCUCUCUAACUUGUGGAGGUCGAAAGAUAUCUAACUGUACGUUCAUUAUAAAAUAGUAAAAAUAAGGAAUUCACUGCACAUCAUGGCUGUUAACUGAGAUUGAAUAAGGACACGACCUGGUUCAGUACGCAGUACGGACGACACAACUUCCUUCUCCAGCUUCUUGCUUUCCAAUAUUGCCAGUCAUCUCUGGCUCGUACCUGAUCCGUACAUUCACAUCCGGAUCCUUUGCUUCGAUUCCCUUUUCUGUCAAGUGCCGUCGGGCUGUUGUCAUACUCUUGCUUGGGGUGAGCCACUGCAUACCAAAACAAGACUACUUCAUCACUACAAUUCUAAAUUAUACUAUGACCGAAAACUCAAGCGAGAGUUGUGUCUUCUUUAAAAAACGUAGUCGCAAAAAUGUGCGGCAAAAAGAAAGUAUGAAUUUAAAACCAAUAAAAACAUUUCAACAUUUUCAAAAGGUUCAUCCAGUGAAGAUGAAGCAGUUAUCAAGACUAAGAAAAGAAGUCAUAUCAAUAAUAUGUUAUAUCAACAGACUUCGAAAUUUGGCAGUAAUAAGAGGUGUUCAUCGGAUGAUGAUGAUGACAACGAUAAUGCUGGUAAAAAAAGUGCUCUUGAAACAGUCACAUAUAAGGCUUCACAUUCCAAGGAAUCAAGGGUUACAAAAGAUCAAAUAGCAGCCGCCACCUUGGAGAUUGAUACAGACAUCAAGUGUGAUGCCCAGUCUAUAUUUGAGCGUUCCCAGAAAUUAAAUAAGGAUUCUCAAGAUCGUAAUUCAUACAAGGGGAUGAAUAACUAUGCUCAGUACAUUGAAAAGAAAGAUACUGUUAUGGGGAAUGCAUCAAGCGGUUUUAAUCGUAAAGGUCCUAUGCGAGCUCCAGCAAAUUUAAGAGCUACUGUUAGAUGGGAUUAUCAACCGGAUGUUUGUAAAGAUUAUAAAGAAACAGGAUUUUGUAGUUUUGGUGACAGUUGCAAAUUUCUGCAUGAUAGAUCAGAUUAUAAGCACGGUUGGCAAAUAGAACAGGAGUUAGCUGAAGGAGUCUAUGGAAUUGAUGGUGAAGAUAAUCGUUAUGAAAUUGCUCAUAAUUCUUCUGACGAAGAAGUAGUAGAAGACAUCCCUUUAAUUUGUAUGAUAUGCCGCAAAGAUUAUAAAGAUCCAGUUGUGACUAUUUGUAAACAUUAUUUUUGUAGUGAUUGUGCUCUAAAACGAUAUAAGAAAACUGCACGAUGUUAUGCAUGCACGACAGAUACUAAAGGAUUUUUCAAAUUUGCUAAGAAUUUAUUAUCACGUAUUGCUGCAAUAAAGGAGAAGAAGAAAAAGCACUCAGAUUUCAGUGAAAGUGAUCAAGAAGAAGAAAAAGACGAAAAAAGUCACAACCACUCGUGUUGUCAUUCUUCAUCAGUGUGUGCAGGAGAAAUAAAUAAUGGUGCUGAUGAACUCAACAAGACAACUGAAAUAGAGUGUGAUCUUACUGGUAAAGUAAAACUUCCACAAUCAGCUGAACCGAAUUGGGCAAAACCCGAAGCUCCACAGUAUUGUGAUUCUGAUGAAGAGAUUGAUUGUCUUUUUGUAGAAUGGAUGGAGGAUUUUUAUGAAAUCUUAGACUGUUCAAUGGAGGCCACCGAUGAUGAAAUUAAACAACUUGUUAAUCGAGCUCGACUUAGAUUUCAUCCUGAUAAAAAUGCAGGUAUUUUAGAAAAAGAAUUUAUGCUUAUAGAAAAGGCAUGGAGUGUUCUACGAUACCCCGAAAAACGUAAAGCUUAUGAUGCUUUAUUGAGACAAAAUAAGCUAUUGUCAAUGUCUGCUGGGUUACCUGUACAAAGUGAUAUACCAUAUGAUGAAUUCCACUCUGAACACAUACAUGACACUGAUAUAAAUUUUGAAUCUAAUGAUCGAAAGUGUAGUAUUUAUUGGUACCCUUGUCGUUGUGGUGGAAAUUAUAUCUUAGAAGAAGUUGCUGUAUUGUGUCGAGCUCCUUUGUUGACCUUAAUGUCUUCAGACCUUGGUGACGGUUUCGAGGUUCCUUCUGUCCCUGCACCUUUUAAAGGCUUAGAGAAAGAUCGAAUUGAAACAAGAAAAAGGCAAGCAUUAUUUCUUCGUCAAGCUUUGCGCAUAGUUGAAAGAUUUGCGCGCAAUCCUGUUAGUGUCACUAUGUUAGCAUGUGCCUUACCAUGGUUGGAGCGUGAGCAAUAUGACGAUAUUGCUGUCGAAAGAAAUGCCUACGGGAAUUGUGGUUAUGCCUUAUGCUGUAAUCCUAAGGGCCAAAUAAGCAAACAGAAGUAUCGCAUAUGCACAAAAUCACGUAGAGUGUACGAUAUUACCGAGCGCAGGCCAUUUUGUUCAGAUUGGUGUUUUCGUGCUUCAAGGCAUAUACGUAAACAAAUUUCGAAAGAGCCAGCUUGGUGUCGUUCAGUUGACAGUCUAAAAUCUUGUAAUAUUGAUCUUUUACCUCGGAAUGCAUCAGGACAUGUUGGUAAAGUAAUUUUAGACGUUCCAAAUCGUUUACUUUUGACGGGAUCUGAAAGCGAUUCCAGCAUUGAGAAUGAAUCAGAUACGUUUGAUGAAUUAAACUCAUCUAAGUCAUCCGACAGUACGAUUGAGUGUACACGUCUAGGUCUUGAGGAACUUCAGCUUGAAAUAAAUGCUAAAAAUAAUUUACAAGUUGGUGAUAUUCAUCAGCGUACAGUUGAUCCUAUCGAAUCAAAAGCUGCUUGUAAAAAUAAUCAAACAGAGACAUCUAUCACUUCAUUCGAUUCCAAGCAAGUUUUAGUGGAUGAUAAUAGCAAUAACAGUAACAGUGAUACAUCAACUGUACCGCUUCCUUUGAGUGAUAGGAUUUCAAGACGUUUGUGUGAAUGGCUAACUGAAAAAGCUCUUGAUAUGCUUACCACUUAUUCGUUUACAACUGAACAAUCCUCUUUGACAAGUGAAGUGCAUAACAGAAUUUUACAACAGUUUUACUCGAAAUAUAAUUUAUCAAAAAAGAAAAGUCGGGACAAUAAUCCUGUGUCCGAAGUGCCACUUACUUGUGUACUGCCGUUAAUUGAUUCCGUUUCACCUCAGGUUCUUAGAAGACAAAUCCUUUUGGAUGAUCUUAAACACAGUAUGCAUCGGAUAUUAUCUGUUUUACAAGUAAAUCCUUAUUGUGUAUACCGAAGAUUAGAAAAUUCUGUUCUCCAUUUCAAUUUAACUAGCAAAAAUGUACACAUGAACCCUUCUGAAAGUCAGCUGAUGGCUCUAGUGCUCCUGCGUCUCAUGGCAAAUGUUGAACCUACUCUCAGCGAACUAACAAACAAUGAAUGUAUUGCUCACUUUUUGAAGUCAAUGCAUGGACCGCCUCCAAUAAUAUUCAUCAAUAAGAUUAUUAAUCGGGUAACAAGACUGUAUAAUGUAGAAUCCGAUGAUGAUUCGCUAUCAGAAGACUAAAUUAUGUGACGAUUUUUUAAAUUGCAUUGCAUACUGCAGUGUUGACGUGAUAAUGUUUGUCGUGACUGGAAUCUUAACAGUGAAGCCUUCAUGUAGAUUUUGUACAUAAAAUGUAAAAAGAUGACUUAUAGUAGAAAUCGGCUUAUGAUUUAACUUCUCAAAUGUAUACGGUUCAGUUUGUAAACAAUUUUAGCGGAAAGUAGACAAAAAUUCGUCUUAAUGGCGAUAAAGGUGUUGUUUUGGCUUGACAUUCUAUCUAUCUGACCUUCAAUUAGUGAGUACGAAGUUCACAUGGUAUGGGGAGUCAUUUUUUGUAAUGAACUGGCG